AUGGACGCAAGCACAAAGGUGAAGAAGGGGGCAGGAGGAAGGAAAGGCGGAGGACCAAGGAAGAAAGCGGUCACAAGAUCCGUCAGAGCUGGCCUGCAGUUCCCCGUCGGAAGAAUCGGCCGUUUCUUGAAGAAAGGUCGAUACGCUCAGCGUGUUGGUACUGGUGCUCCUGUUUACCUAGCCGCUGUUCUCGAGUAUCUUGCUGCUGAGGUUCUUGAGUUGGCUGGAAAUGCGGCGCGUGAUAACAAGAAGAAUAGGAUAAGUCCGAGGCAUUUGUGUUUGGCAGUGAGGAAUGACGAAGAGCUUGGGAAGUUGCUUGCCGGUGUUACUAUUGCUUAUGGUGGUGUUCUUCCUAACAUCAACCCUGUGUUAUUGCCCAAAAGGACUCAGACUGCUGAAACUGCUCCUAAGUCUCCUUCCAAGGCCAAGAAAACUCCCAAGUCUCCUUCCAAGGCCAAGAAAACUCCCAAGAAGGCUUAA